AUUCAAUCACAAUUUUCUGUUUCAUUUAAAAAAUUCUAAUUUAUAAAAGUUUUUUUGUUAGAUUAACGCAAUAAAAGCAAAAAUAAAAAUUAAUUUACCAGAAAAAAGAAGGAGAGUAAAAAAGUUAAAAUUUACGGGAACCUCGACGAAAUUCGAUUUCCAAUAAAGCUUUUAGUAAAAUAAUAAAUUCGAGUGCUGCGAUGGACAUGAUAAUGGAGCAUAUUUUGAACUUCCUGCAAUUCGAUGUGACUAGCAUUUUUGGAAAGGGUAGCGAAUGUGGACUCUGUUGCAUGAGCCUCUCGCGACCGCAGUUUAGUGCGUCUGUGGAGCGUUGCAUUGCAAAUGUAUACGAGCCACGCCCACAAAUCACAAAUGGGGAUGAAGAGAUGGCAUGUGACGACAAUGACAGCUUCGGUGAGAAUGAUCUGCAAUUGGAGGCAUUCUGCCGGCAGCUAGAUGAAGCGGAAGACGAAGAGGAAGAUGAUGAAGAGGAGGAGCAGGAGGAGGACAUGGAUUCUCUGUGCUGCGAAAGUAGUUUGAGUGAGCAGCAAGAGAGUAGUAACGAAUGCUUGACAGAGAGUAGCUGUCUGUUGGAUAAUCUCAAGAAUGAGCAACGGUGCGGUGCGGCGAAUGAACAAAACUCCCGAGAUGCCGCUGACGAGUGCACCUGUGAGUUGGUAUGCAAGCAGGUGGUGUCUAAAAUCGCCGAUAAGUGCUCAUCGUCCACGCUGUUGGAAUUGCGCAGCAUUGAGGAACGCGCCAAUAAAUUGUGGGAGGCGCUCAAUUCGAAUGUGCGCACCAAUACUUGCGCCAAAAUGCCAAACUGGUGGGAUAUGAAGACGUGGCAGAAGUUACCGUUCUACUGGGCCGCGCUGUCCAAUGACAUACUCUGCGAGGACCCGUUCGAGAACUUCAAGCGCUUCUACACGGGCAGCAAGAAGUCCAACAAGCGCAGCGCCAAACGCCAAAUGGAGCGUAUGCUCAUACUGUGGCACCGGCUGUGCCCCAAGCAGCGACUGCCGUUCAUCAUGGAGGCCUUCAUCAGCAAGGUUGGUGCGGGGAAGGUGAACAUCGGUGAUGAGCACGAAAUUCAGCGCAUCAUCUGCGAUCUGCAGAACAAAUGAGCUGUGAGACUCCACCUUUUCCUCCCCCCUUUACUGUGUACUGCCAUUUGUGUGAAUGUCAAUAUGUUUGGUCCAAAUAUUUUAAUUUAAAUCGUAGAAGUGCUUGCGGGUUCUAAAUAAAUAUGUGCAUUUAUGUGAUGUGUAAAAAUA